ACGGAGCACCCCAAGCAAGCUAGCUGAAACUGUAGCCACGCAAGCCACGCCACGCCAAAGCCCAACAACGGCGUCACGCCGCGAGCGCGCGAGACGACGAAUGCGGCGGCCAUCUCGUGCUUCCAGAGCUCAUCCGCGGCCUCUUCUUCCACGCAUGCGAUCGACGAGGUUGUAUCCAGCGUCGUCUUAGUCGAAUCGUCGUGUCAGCCAGCGGGCGCACUAACAGCGGGUAGCGUCGUUGUUCUGCUCCCAUGGAGGAGCACGCCGCCGUCGCCACGCCGCGCGCGGGCGCAGAGGAGUCCAUGUUCCUGCCGUUCCUGGCGAUGUUCGCGUCCGUCUACCUCGUCGGCUACCUCAUCGUCUUCCGGCGCUGGGGCGCGCGGCCCCGCGCCGAGGCCGCCAGCUGCUUCACCUCGCUCUUCCACGGCACCCCCGCGGCGCUGCUCGCCCUCCGCGCCGUGCUCUCCCGCCACCGCGCCGCCGCCGGCCACCUCGCGGUCCUGGCGGCGCCCAACACCGCCGCCGAGGGCCUGGUCCUCGACUUCAGCACGGCCUACUUCGCCGUGGACCUGGCGCACUACCUCCUCUUCCUCCCUGGCGAGGCGCUCUUCGUGGCGCACCACCUCGCCACGCUCUACGUCCUCGCCACCUGCCGCCAUGCGGCCGGCGCCGGCGCCGCCGCGCUGCUGCCGCUGGAGGUGCUCGCCGAGGCCACCAGCGCCGCGCAGAACGUGUGGACGCUGGCGGGGAUGCGCCGGCGCGACUCGCCGCUCGCCGCCAGGGUGUACGCCGCGCUGUCGCCGCCGUUCUACGCGGCGUACACGGCGGCGAGGGCCGCGCUCGGCCCGGCGUGGUUCGUGAGGGUGGUGGGGUUCUUCUACGCGUCCUCCGGCGGCGGAGGCCGCGUGCCGGCGUGGGCGUGGGCGUCGUGGACGGUGGUCAUCGGCGCAGGGAUAGCGGUGAGCAUCCUGUGGGUGGGUAACCUGUGGCUGGAGUACUUCCGGGAGAGGAAGGAAAGCAAGCUGCUGGAGAGCAGCAAGCAGCAAUGAUCAAUUCUGCAGCAUUUGCAUUUGCAUUUGCAUUUCCAUUCCCAUUCAUUCAUUGCAACACCCACUACAGAUCUGCCCUCUCAUAAUUUGGGUGUCAUUAGCCUUAUGACUGUAUCUGAGUAUUCAGGAAGUUGUAUGGCUAUGCUAAUAGGUCUGCUUUCUUAGAGUUAA